AUGCACACUCUCUCGCAGCUCCCAGAAACUUGUAAAGCUGGUGUUGUCUCUGAGCAUGGCCCAGAUUUCGAGCACAACAUCGAGCAUGUUCCUGUGCCGCAGCCAGGUCCCGAUCAGAUCUUGAUCAAACUGAAUGUCACAGGUCUGUGUUAUAGUGACAUUCAGUUUGAUCAAGAUCUGCCAUUACCUAGAAUGGGGGAUUUCGAUGUAUCGUCUCCCGGGCAUGAAGGUGCAGGGGUUGUCGUCGCGGUUGGUCAAGAUGUGAAAGGCUGGAAGAUUGGAGACAGGGCGGGAGUGGCCCCAACGUGGGAUACGUGUAUGAGCUGUGAGCUAUGUGCGACUGAUCUGGAGUGCCAUUGUUCUCAGGCUGUCCCUACUGGUCUAAAAGUUUCAGGUGCGUGCUAUGAUGGAUCGACAAUGUUUCGUGCGGUGAGCUUGUCCUGUGAUAACUUCUCGCCAAGCACUAUUAUGGAGCAUACUGAUACCCAUGAGAUUCGCGAAUCGAACUUGGGUGUGGGCCAAUGGAUAGUUUUUAUAGGAGCCGGCGGAGGGUUUGGACAUAUGGGUAUUCAGAUUGCAAAAGCCAUGGGCAUGAGAAUCAUUAGAAUUGACGCGGGAUCCGAAAAAGAAAAAAUAUGCCUCAGCCUUGGUUGUGAAGCGUUUAUCCACUUCACAAAAUCGAGAAACUUAUGUGAUGAUGUCCGAACAAUUGCUGAUGGGAAAGGAGCUCAUGGUGUGUUUGUUGUUGCAUCGGCCCCAGCUGGCUACAAGGUUGCUCCGCGAAUGCUCAGGAUCGGAAAUGUGAUGGUUUGCGCUGGGAUGCCGCCCUCGGGUACUGCAGUAGCUGGAGAUGACCCGAUGUAUCUGAUACUGAAUAUUAUCAAAGUGGUUGGCUCUUUGACAGGAUCAAGACAGGAUACAGCCCACGCUUUGUCAAUGGCCGCGAGAGGCUUACUGAGGCCCAUCUAUGAGCAUUAUGACAUCGAUGAGCUACCUUCGGCCGUUCAGAAGCUGAGACAAGGCAGAGUCAAUGGGCGAUGUGUUGUUAUGUUUUGA